AUUAUCACUGGUGUCAGGCUUAUGUCACAUUCGUCGUAGAACAUAAAGAGAAGCUUGCAAUCUCUCGGCAAUGGUGCUGUAAAGAUUUAAGUUUUUAACAUUAUAUUUGAUUGCAAUAGCCACUAGGAAUAUUGCAAUCGACUACAGGGUGCAUUUAUAAGUUCAAUCCUUUAACUGCUCGUUUUAUUUUCUUACAUUUAAGUAUUAAACAUGAGUCUCUCAGUUGUCAGAAAUGUAUUCAAAAAGUAUCCUAUUGCCAAGGGUAUGGCAACAUACACGAUCAUAUGGCCAACAGGUUGCUUUAUACAGCAGACAAUGGACGGGAAAAAUUGGCGAACAUAUGACUAUAAACAGUGUAUGAACUUUGCGAUUUUCGGAACGUUUUUUGUUGCACCCACACUGUAUGGAUGGAUCAAACUGUCGAGUCACAUGUGGCCAACGAUGACUCUCAAGGCAGGAUUAACUAAGGCAGUUGUGGAACAGUUCACGUACGGUCCAUUUGCCGGGACAAGCUUCUUUUUUGGGAUGAGUCUACUGGAACAGAAAACGGUCGACGAGGCCAUCGGCGAAGUGAAGAAGAAAUUCCCAGAUACCUAUAAAGUCGGAAUUUGCGUGUGGCCAGUGGUACAGACGAUAAAUUUUACCCUCAUAGCGGAACACAACCGGGUCCCGUUCGUGAGUAUAUGUAGCUUAGUGUGGACCACUUUCUUGGCCUACAUGAAGCAGCGAUCGGUGUCGGUGGCGGCACCAACAUCAACCACAUCAGCAGCGGCGCUUCAGCCCAGUUCAAUGAGUAGCAUUCAGCAACAGGAAGCUAUCUCCCAAAAGCAAGCGGCCAUGGUUGCACUGUAGGGAAGCCAAAGAUAUUAUCAGCGUUUACUUGUUAAGUUUUUAAACUAUGCGACUACAAAUUGUGCCAGUGCAAAAACUGAGCGGGUGAUAAAUGCAUAUUAUUUUUUAUUUAUUACUAGAAGAAUGUUAGGAAAAUUGUAGAAGUGUGUAACAGAAUCGUUGAAAAAUAUGACAAUAAAAUCCACCGAUGCCGAGCGUCA